AUGGAUAUCGUCGCGUCCCCUACGUCCACGUCGGCGGAGGAAGCUGCUCGCUUUCCCACCGCUCGUGGUCUCGAUCAGCCCCGCCAAUCCGAAUCACAUGCAAUUCCCCUCGAUGCGAACAGCGAACCUGAACCCAGCCUGAAGACGCCUCCACCAUCGAAACAGCAUCUAACCAGCCCCGAGUAUUCCAGUCCGCUUCGUCAUCACCGUCGGGCUCCCUCUGCGCCCAAGCAGGUCAAGGAAUCUCUCAAUGCUCGAUCAGAGUACAUUACCAGUCAGGAUGAUGGGGUUGCAGAGCAUCGCAUCAAUCAAUACACCAUCAAGCAAGAGAUUGGACGUGGAUCAUUUGGCGCCGUGCAUCUGGCAGUCGAUCAAUAUGCUAAAGAAUAUGCAGUGAAAGAAUUCUCCAAAGCCCGGCUACGAAAGCGUGCCCAAUCACACAUCCUGCGUAAACCCUUGAGCCAAAGACGCCGCGGUGCUCUACAUGGCUUCAACUCUCCUCUGCACCGCAACCUGGGAGAUGACGGCAAACCCCAGUUGAACGCCAUUGAAUUGAUCAAAGAAGAGAUUGCUAUCAUGAAGAAGCUGAACCACUCGAACCUGGUAUCACUGAUUGAGGUAUUGGAUGACCCUACAGAAGAUUCUCUAUACAUGGUCAUGGAAAUGUGCAAGAAAGGAGUCGUGAUGAAGGUCGGACUUGACGAAAGAGCUGAUCCGUAUCCUGAUGACGUCUGCAGAUAUUGGUUUCGAGACCUAAUUCUAGGUAUCGAGUAUCUGCAUGCUCAAGGCGUCGUACAUCGUGAUAUCAAGCCGGAUAAUUGCUUGAUUACCGAGGACGAUGUGCUCAAGGUUGUCGACUUUGGAGUCUCGGAAAUGUUUUCAAAGGAUUCGGAGAUGCUCACCGCAAAGUCGGCGGGAAGCCCAGCGUUCUUACCGCCAGAGCUCUGCGUUGCCCGACAUGGCGAUGUGUCCGGGCGAGCGGCUGACAUCUGGUCCAUGGGGGUAACGCUAUACUGUCUCAAGUAUGGGAGAAUACCAUUCGAGAAGACAGGCAUUUUUGAACUCUACGAUGCUAUCAAGGCUGAAGAUCCUGAACUGCCAGCGGACGAGAAUGAGGACUUUCGAGAUUUGAUAACCAAAUUAUUGGAAAAGGACCCGCAAAAGCGGAUCAAAAUGCGCGAGCUGAGGGAUCAUUCCUGGGUCAACCGCCGUGGAACAGAUAAAUUGCUAUCUGAGGAAGAAAAUACCUCUGAUCUUGUCGAGCCACCCACCGAAGCUGAAAUGAAUUCUGCCAUUACCACCAACAUGAGAAAUGUGAUGACAGUGGUGAAAGCGGUUAACAAGUUCAAGUCGCUGCUGGAAAGCAAUAGAUCUGGCGCCAUGACUUCGAUACUUGGAGACCAGGGUGAUGCACAUUUUUCGUAUCCUCCUGCAACUAUGAAAAAGGAAGCAAAUGUACAGCCGAUUAAGCCUGUCAAACGUGCUGGUGUCACCACAGGGGACUCUACGGAAAAGGAUGAAUUGCAGCAAGGCAGCAAGAGUUACAAUCCGCGUCCGGUACCUACCCUAAGCAUAGAUGAUACGACCAUACCAGCCGAGAACAAGCAGAAAUCAGGCGUUGUCAAUAUGCCACCGACCCUGCCACAGGAAGCCAGCACAGAUCCAGAAGAUGUUUCCAGGGAUCCAACAGUUGCAGAGAUAGAGAGUCUAGACCCGGCAAAGCUGCCGCCUUUCCGCUCUUCGAGACCUCAGGCUACUACAACAGACGAUGUAGGUCGGCGGGGGCAGGCACAUGAUCCCCUGGAGGACCAUCUUUACCUUUACAUCGGACCUUCGACAUUCUCCGGAGUCAGUUCACAUGCCGAAGAUGACGGUGCAUUCAUGCCACAUGAGGACGACAUGCUUGUUGUCAGUGAGAGUCCUGGCGCAGCUGAUGUCGAUAUUUAUGAGACAGCUUACAGGGACGAGAUUGAGCGAAUCAUGGCUCAAGCUAACGAACAGAACAAGGAACCGCAUGUCUACUUGACUCGUCGUGUAGAUGCCAGGUUGAUGGCAAUCAGUGGUCGAGCAGGCAAGUGGGCGGCGAUGGGAGAAGAAGCGAAGAACCAGCUGAAAGAGUAUACGCAAUUCUCGACUCGAAGGGCCCGCGUCACCGAAGUCAGUAGAGCGCUUCGACAAGCUGCCCGGGAAGAAUAUGAGCGGAGGAAGCAGGAACGACGAGAACUAAUUGCAGCAGAAAAGGCCAAAAAGCAUGAGAACCCGGAGGAGUGUUCGGAUUCGACCACGACCGUCUCGCCACCGACAUCUGGGAGGAAUGUAGAACAGUCUGGUGCGAGCAGUCCUUUGUCGCCCGGCAAGCAGUCACCGUCAAUAUUGCGAGAUAGGGCAGUAGAUGCAGGAAGACAGGCGAAAACUUCGAUACGCGGCCUCAUGGGCAUGGUCAAGAACAAAAGUCGGAGCCGAUCUGGUCAAGAAGAGAGCUGA